UCAACCAUUUGUCAAAUAUAUCUUAAUUUCUUUCUUAAUUUGAUCUUUUCCUUUUUACUAAUUAUACAAUAAUUAUAACCAUGGCUUAAAAUAAAUUAGACUUUUCUGAACCUGUCAUUUGGAGCGACUAAUCCUGUGCAGUAAUAAACACAACCCAAAUAAACAGUAACAGUACAUUACAACUUUAUAUAUUACAUUAAAAACUUGGGUCAAAAACAAUGAAAACGGAAAACAGUACUUUGUUAUGUGAAAUUUCUCCAGUAUUUAAGCCUUACAUACAAAGUUUGUAUAAUGAUUUGGAACUAGGAUUAUGCAAAGCUAAAGUUGACUUAGAAAGAAUUGGGAGUAGCUCUGAUGGAGCUGAAACUCAAUUUCGUUUAGUUUUACCUUACUGCUCUAGAAAGUUAAAAUGGGAAGUCAUAUUUGAUGCAUCAACUCCUUGGUUCGCCCCUGACUUUCGGUUUGAUGAUGACAGUUUCCUAAAUAAUCCAGAUGAAGAAUUUCUUACUAAAAAUGUUCCCAGCCUUGCCAAUUGGAAUGGUAAUGAUCCUAAUGCAUUAUGCAAUGUUAUAAAUGAGUUAAUAAAAUUAUACAAAGCACAUCAGAUUAAAAAGCUGAAUGAGGAUGAUGAAUCCCGUGCAUCUUUUGAGUACAGUGCCCUAUUAGGAAAUGGAUUUACCUCUGAACAAGAUAUUGAAGUUUAUGUAUUAGGACAUACAGCUGAAUUUUUAAUAAAAUUAAAAGUAGACACAUCCAGAUUACCAGAGUUGUAUAAUGAUGGGACUGAAAAUAAUCCAGGCAUUGAUACAGCCUUAAUGCUAGUUCGAUAUCCUAAUUCCACAAAUGCAGAACUCAUGUUGUCACCAUUUUUGUCAAAAUGUAUUGGGAAUAUAACUCUACCUUUAAUGCAUCAAUCAGGAGUUUUAAUGGAUUAUGUGCCCAUGGUUACAGAUCUUUUAAAUAGUAAGAUUCAAGAUCUACUAAACAAUGAUAAAUUAAAAAGGGGGCUUUUGGCACAACUUAUUGUGAAAUAUGAAGGUGCAGUUUUGGAACAUGAUGCUAACAGUGCUGCUCUUCUCUUUGAAAUGAAUAACUUUUAUUGGAUAUUACAAAUUGAUAUAGGUAUUCACUUUCCAGAAAAGCCGCCAAUUUUAACAUUGCGAUCUGUCUAUCACAGCAGCAAGGGUAAACCAAAACACAAAAUGUUACCUGGUUGCCCAUACAAAAAUUUUGAAGCAUACAUUGAGCAACAAGUAGAGAUAUUCAAAAAUGAGUGUAAAGGUAUUGUACCAAGCAUUCAGGUUUCAAAUAUGGAGAAUUAAAUGUUAUUAAGUGUAAAGUAUAUUAAUUAAUUAAAUUUUAAUUGAA